AUGACUACCUUAUCGCUUAGCUUGUCAGACAUUCCGUCAAUGGAGGGCAAGACGGCUGUGUUGACCGGUGGCUCUAGUGGCAUCGGGCUCGCGGCUGCUCUCAUCCUUGCAUCCAAAGGCGCUCACGUCCACGUUCUUGAUAUCACACCAAUGGAUAGAAGCUUCGACAUAUUUGAUGUUCCUGGAGAUGCGAAAGUCAACAUCGACCUUGGAGCCAUUUCGGCUGAUAAACUACAGUUCCAUCACUGUGACGUAUCGCAGUGGGAUCAGCUGCGACGGACGUUUGAGCAGAUAGGUCCCAUCGAUAUUGCCAUUGCCAACGCAGGAGUGUCCGAGAAUAGCAAUUUCUUCACAGACGUCACCUCGGCGCUGGACAAAGUCGAAGAGCCUCAUUAUCCACUUAUAGACAUCAACUACCGAUCCGUGCUCAAUUUUGUGCGCCUGUCUCUCAGUAGCUUCGCUAAGCACAGCAGGCAGGGCUCCAUCGUCCUCACUACUAGCGCUACAGGUUACUCUCCGGAGCAGAGCCUCCCAGUGUACAGCGCCACAAAAUCAGCUCUCGUCGGUCUGGUGCGGUCUCUGCGCCCGUCCAUCAGCAAGUACGGAGCAACCAUCAACGCAGUUGCUCCCGCUGCUACUGUUUCCAAGCUGCUGCCCAAGAACCUUGCGGCUCCUUUGAUGCAGGCCGGGUUUCCUAUCAGCAGCUCGUACCACGUAGGCUUGGCGCUGGCCUACUCCGCGACGGCAACGCAGUCCCGUCAAGUAGAAGGCUACGGCAAAGACACUUCAGCUGACGUGGCGUCGGCGGGUCGCUGGAAUGGGCGAGUUAUUUUGACUCUGGGAGAUCGCUGGACAGAGAUUGAGGAACCUCUCGCUUCGCUCCGAGCCCAAUGGUUUGGAGAAUGGAACACGGAGAAGACGGCGCUUCAGCAGAAGCUUACCGACAUGAGGUAG